AUGGAGGGGGAGUGGGUGUGGGUGGACUCCGAAAUCGGGGUACCCAUCGGAGCUAGGGUCACAGUAACACCAUCUGGUCAGCGGUUACUAGUCGACGAUGAAGGAAAGCAGUGGAGUCUGGCCCAGGAGCAGGAGGCCUCGCUCAGGAUCAUGCACCCCACCUCCGUGGAGGGGGUGGAUGACAUGAUCAAGCUGGGAGACAUGACGGAGGCCGGCCUCCUCCGGAACCUGCUGCUGCGACACAAACGAGGCCUUAUCUAUACCUACACAGGCUCUGUGCUGGUGGCAGUGAACCCAUACAAGGAUUUCCCUUUUUAUUCAGGUGACCAGGUGGGGUUGUACCAUGGUCGAAAGCUGGGGGAACUCCCUCCGCACAUCUUCGCCAUCGCUGAGUCAUGCUACUGUAACAUGAUGCGGCAUCUCAGGAACCAGUGCUGCAUCAUCAGUGGGGAAUCAGGUGCGGGGAAGACAGAGAGCACAAAGUUGAUCCUGCAGUAUUUGGCGGCGGUCAGCGGUGAGCUUUCUGAGCAGCAGAUCGAGCAGCAGAUCCUCGAGUCAAACCCCAUCCUCGAAGCGUUUGGAAAUGCAAAAACGAUCCGCAAUGACAAUUCCAGUCGCUUUGGGAAAUAUUUGGAGAUCUUCUUCAGUAAGAACGGAGUGAUUGAAGGAGCUCGAGUGGAGCAGUAUCUCCUGGAGAAGUCCCGUGUCUGCCAUCAGGCCCUGGAGGAGAGAAACUACCACGUGUUUUACUGUAUGCUUGCAGGAGCCACGGCAGAGGAGAAGAAAACAUUGAACCUCGGUGAUGCUAAGGAGUACAAAUUCCUUUCCAAGGGCGGCUGUAUCCAGUGUGACAGCAGGGAUGAUGCUAAAGACUACCAGCGUAUUCUCUCCGCCAUGAAGAUCCUCACCUUCUCAGAACUCCAGUGUCAGGAAAUCCUCAAGCUGCUGGCAGCCAUGUUACACCUGGGAAACGUCUGCUUCCAGGGAUGGUUAUGA